AAUCAGUUGCAGUCGCGAAUUAGCGUCGUACAGACGCGCUUUUUUACAUUGUCUCGCUCUCUUCGCAUUUAUUUUCUGUGUUUGUUUUUGUUCUGUUAUUGUUAUAUUGUUUUUGUUGUUUUGAGUUUUGUGUGAAGAAAGAAUGGUGCACAGCAAAAAGGAUGAUGAUGAACAUCAGCUGCUGAUGGCUCAACGCCUGAUCGAGUUUGAAAAGUUGAUCAAAGCGCAGCCGCAGCUGCCCCACAAUAUUUCGUCCACAUUGUUGCGUCGUUUUGUGCACACGACGCGCGGCGAUUUGGCUGCCGCACAGCGUCUGUUGGAGCUGAACUAUGCGCAGCGCAACAAGCAUGCCCACAUCUUCAUUGAUCGCGAUCCCAUGGAUGCCAGUUCGCAGCAGUUGUUGCAAGUCGCUGAUCUGGUGCCGCUGCCCGGCCUGACGCCGGAGAACAACAAGCUGCUAUUUUAUCGUCUCAUCGACUACGAUGCCGACAAGUUCAACUUUACGGCCAGCAUUAAGGUGUUCUUCAUGGUGGCCGACUGUCGCUUUGCCACAGAGACUGAGGGACGUCUGUCGGACGGUGAGAUACCGAUUUUCGAUAUGGCCGGCUACACUUUGCGGCAUCUGACGAAGACGGCGUUAAGUGCGCUGCGUGUGUACAUGAAAUUUGUGCAGGAGGCGCAUCCGGUGCGCUUGAAGGAGAUUCAUGUGAUCAAUUGUCCGUCGUAUCUGGACAAAGUGUUGACUGUAGUGAAGCCGUUCAUCAAGAGCGAGGUCUUCAAGCUGAUACACUUCCAUUUGCCCAAUGCGGAUACGCCGUACGACCAUUUUCCACGGGCCAUGAUGCCCGAGGAAUACGGUGGCAAUGCGGGUAAAAUGUCGGAUCUGAAGCAACACUGGAUGCAGUUGCUGCAACAGCAUCGAGAAUAUCUGAUGGAUGCCGGCAAUUGGCGACUCAACAAGUGCAAUGACAAAAAGAAGCCGACGCAGAGCCUCAAGACGCUGGAGAUUGAUUAGUUUACACGCUUUAACUUUAACCCCUCCCCCCUUUUAGCCUUAGUUUAUACUUUGUACUUAUAUUUUUCCUGUAUAUAUACAUUUAUAUAUAUAUAUAUAUAUCUGCCCUGCUGCUACUGCUGGGCAAUUCCCCCAGUCGGGCUUGGUUAAUGUAAA